GCCAUUUUUUUUAUACUGAUGAAGAACUGGUUAGCACUAACCACAGAUCCCAUUUUUCCCAGAUUCCCAGGCGGAGAUCCAGAAGUCCGGGAAAAACUGUAGGGGCGUGAUCUAGGGCAAGGAAGAAGAGAAAUGUCGGACGAGGAGCCUAGGGUUGCUGGAAGGAGAAGGAGCAGGGGAGCUCAGGCCACGGCGCGUGCGGACGCGCUCCAGCGUCUCAAAGCUCUCCGCAGCGGCUGCCGUCGACCCACCGAGGGCGGCGCCACGUUUAACAUCAAAAUGGAAGAUCCCAUCUACGACACCGUCGAUGAGGAAGAGUACAAGGAACUCGUCGCCACACGUCGUGAGGAAGCCAAAGAUUUCAUCGUCGAUGACGACGGCCUAGGGUACGUUGACGAAGGUCAAGAAGAGGAUUGGUCUCGCGCUGGUGUUCCUCUCUCUUCGGAAGAGUCGGACGGGGAAUUGGAGCGCCCGAAGAGAAAGAAAAAUAACAAAAGUAACACUACUGCGGAGAAGGAGCAGCAAUCGACGAAAAAACCCUCGGCUCUCUCUGCUGCUGCGGCGUUGAUGGGCAAGCAGAGGAUAUCGAAUAUGUUUACGUCUUCAGUGUUUAAGAAAAAUAGGGAUGAUAAUAAGGGGAAGAACACUUUGUCGUGCGAGAGUAUCGUAGAUGAUGUUAUUGCUGAAUUUGCGCCUGAUGAGGCUGAUAGGGAGAGGAGGAAGAAGGCAACCUCCCGUUUAUUGUCAAAUUCAAUAAGUUCUGUUCCUCUUAAUUCUAAUUUUAUGUCCGUUAAAUUUGACAAGGCCGUUAAUGAUUGUGUUGAUUCGAGUGUUAGGCACGAGGACAAUGGAUUUAGGAAUUCGAAUAGUGAGUUUUUGGUGAAUAAUUUGCAGAAAAGCCACGUGGAUGAGGAAAAAAAUGUGAUGCUGGAAAAUGGAAAGGAAAAUGAAGGAAUUGUUGAAUUGAAAGAUGAUAAAUUAGUUGCAGGACUGGGAGAUUCUUCAGGUAAUGGGGAUGGGGAGGGCUUGUUGAAUGGAUUCGAAGUGAAAGAGCAGCAAGAGGUGAAGUUGGACGAGAGGGUUUUUACUCUCAAUGCAAAGAUUAAAGAAGAGACAGAUUCAGCAUUAAGUGCAACUGCCGGGUGGCAGGCAGUGAAAACUGCAGGAAAUGAAGCUGUGAGUUCCAAUGGCUCUGGAGUUAAUCAGAGUCUGAAUAAUGAAGACAAAUCAGAUUUUGAAUUGAAUUCUGAUGGGUCACUGCCUUUCUACAUACUGGAUGCUCACGAGGAGUUUUAUGGUGCCAAUGCUGGCAAUCUUUAUCUCUUUGGGAAGGUCAAAUCUGGAGAUACAUACUACAGCUGCUGCGUGGUUGUGAAGAACAUGCUGAGAUGCGUUUAUGCAGUCCCAAAUGUCUCUGUAUUUCACGGUGACAUAUUAAUGAAGUUAGAACAGGAUGUGGAAGAGUCUCGAAUAUCUUCCACAGAAUUUCGUACUCAGCUGCAUGAGAUGGCAUCGGGAUUAAAGACUGAAAUGAGUAACCACUUGCUGGAACGUAAUGUUUCAUGUUUUAGUAUGACACCUGUUAAGAGGAAUUAUGCAUUCGAGCGAUCUGACAUACCUCGAGGCAAGAACUAUGUAUUAAAGAUCAGCUAUCCAUAUAAGGACCCACCACUUCCAUCAGAUAUUAGGGGAGAAAAUUUCUGUGCUUUACUUGGAACUCAUUCGAGUGCCUUGGAAACUUUUCUUGUUAAAAGGAAAAUAAAAGGACCUUCAUGGCUAUCGAUUUCAAAAUUUUCUAGCCGUCCAGUGCCCCAACGAGUGAGCUGGUGCAAGUUUGAGGUUUUUGUUGACUCUCCGAAGGAUAUUCAAGUCUUAACAUCUUCAAAGAAUAUUGUUGAGAUUCCUCCUGUAGUAGUCACGGCAAUAAAUCUGAAAACAAUCACCAAUGAGAAACAAAAUCUCAAUGAAAUUGUUUCUGCAUCUGUCAUCUGCUGUCACAAGGCAAAGAUAGAUGCUCCAAUGUUAGCGUCAGAAUGGGCCAGGCCAGGCAUGCUUAGUCAUUUUACUGUUAUCCGUAAAAUUGAGGGGGCCAUAUUUCCAAUGGGAUUCACCAAAGAGGCAGCUGAAAGAAAUAUAAAAGCUGGAUUCAAUGUCAUCAGUUGUGAGAGCAGUGAAAGAGCUCUAUUAAAUCGUCUGAUGAUUGAGUUACACAAAUUGGAUAGUGAUGUUCUUGUCGGGCACAACAUCUCUGGGUUUGACCUGGAUGUUCUUCUUCACAGAUUUCAGGCUUGCAAAGUACCCAGCAGUAUGUGGUCUAAAGUUGGCCGUCUCAAGCGUUCAGUCAUGCCUAAACUCAGCAAAGGAAAUAAUAUUUUUGGCUCAGGAGCAAGUACUGGAAUGAUGUCCUGUAUUGCAGGGCGGCUCUUGUGUGACACCUAUCUUAGUUCGCGUGAUUUACUAAAGGAGGUUAGUUAUUCCUUGACACAACUUGCAAAGACUCAGCUUAACAAAGACCGCAAGGAGAUUGCUCCGCAGGAUAUUCCUCAAAUGUUUCAGAAUUCAGAAUCGCUCAUGGAACUUAUAGAAUAUGGUGAAACAGAUUCAUGGUUGUCGAUGGAGCUCAUGUUUCAUCUGAGUGUUCUUCCCCUAACCCGUCAACUGACUAAUAUAAGUGGCAACCUUUGGGGAAAAACUCUGCAGGGUGCUAGGGCCCAAAGAGUAGAAUAUUUAUUGUUACAUGCAUUCCAUGCAAAGAAGUUCAUUCUUCCGGAUAAGUUAUCCUAUCAGGCUAAGGAAACAAAAAUGACAAAGCGGAAAAUUGACCAAGAUGUUGACAGCAAAGAAAAUGAUUAUACGUUUGAUGAGAUAAAUUUUGAUGAAAUUCCCAGGAAUGAUAAUGGGAAAACCAAAAAAGGACCUGCUUAUGCUGGUGGUUUGGUUUUGGAGCCAAAAAAAGGUCUAUAUGACAAGUAUAUAUUGCUCCUGGACUUCAAUAGUCUCUAUCCGUCAAUUAUUCAGGAGUACAAUAUCUGUUUCACAACUGUUGACAGAUUUUCAGAUGGAUCAGUAUCCCAUUUACCAUCUAGUAGGAGGACUGGAGUUCUACCAGAGUUGCUAAAAAAUCUGGUGGAAAGACGAAGAAUGGUGAAAUCAUGGUUGAAAACAGCCUCAGGUCUGAAGGCCCAGCAACUUGACAUACAGCAACAAGCACUAAAGCUAACAGCAAACAGCAUGUAUGGAUGCCUCGGAUUCUCAAAUUCCAGGUUUUAUGCAAAGCCACUUGCUGAGCUUAUAACCUUGCAGGGAAGGGAGAUUUUACAGAGUACGGUUGACCUUGUUCAGAAUAUUUUAAACUUGGAGGUCAUUUAUGGGGACACAGAUUCCAUUAUGAUUUAUACUGGGCUUGAUGAUAUUGGAAAAGCAAAAGCAAUCGCAGGAAAGGUGAUUCAAGAGGUCAACAAGAAGUAUAGAUGCUUAGAAAUUGAUCUUGAUGGUCUGUACAAAAAAAUGUUGCUGCUUAAGAAAAAGAAGUAUGCAGCAAUUAAAGUGCAGUUUAAAGAUGGAACGCCUAAUGAGGUCAUCGAACGGAAAGGUCUUGAUAUGGUUCGGAGAGACUGGAGCUUACUGUCGAAGGAAUUGGGAGAUUUCUGUCUGAGUCAAAUAUUAUCUGGCGGGUCUUGUGAGGAUGUUGUUGAAUCAAUACACGACUCCCUUGUUAAGAUUCAAGAUGAUAUGAGAAGGGGACAAAUAGAACUCGAAAAAUACAUUAUCACAAAGACAUUGACAAAAGCACCAGAAGCUUACCCUGAUGCAAAAAGUCAACCCCAUGUUGAAGUUGCCCUUAGAUUGAGGAGAAAUGGUUAUGUGACUGGUUGCUCUGCUGGAGAUACGGUACCUUAUAUCAUCUGCCGUGAGCAGGGGAUUAGCUCAAGUGGCUCGGGGAUUGCUCAGCGAGCAAGGCAUCCUGAUGAGGUGAAGAAAGGCGACGGGAAAUGGAUAAUUGACAUUGAUUAUUAUUUGGCGCAACAGAUUCAUCCUGUGGUUUCACGUCUUUGUGCUCCAAUUCAGGGUACGAGUCCAGCACGUUUGGCUGAUUGUUUAGGGCUUGACUCAUCUAAGUUCCAAAGUAAAACAAAUGAAGCUGGUAGCAGCGAUUCUUCAAGCCUGCUUUUAUGUGUAGGUGACGAUGAGGAGAGAUAUCGAGGUUGUGAGCCAUUAGUUUUGUCAUGUCCAAGCUGUUCCAGUUCCUUUGACUGCCCACCUCUAUUCAGUUCCCUAUGUUCGUUAAUUAGUCAGAAGCCAGCAGAUUCGCAAGCACCCGGGAAUUUCUGGCUCAAAUUACGUUGUCAAUUGUGCUCUGUAGAAGGUGAUCAGGGGAGAAUAUCUCCUGCAAUGAUAGCAAAUCAGGUUAAAAAGCAAGCGGAAGGUUUCAUCUUGGCAUACUAUCAGAGCUGGAUGAUGUGUGAUGAUGAAACUUGCAAGUACACUACUCGUAGUUUGAAUCUGCGGCUAAUUGGUGACUGCGACCGGGGAACUGUUUGUCCUAAUUAUCCUCGCUGUAAUGGGCGUCUCCUAAGAAAGUACUCGGAAGCUGAUCUAUACAAGCAGCUUGCCUAUUUCUGCCACAUUCUGGAUACUGUUCGUUGCGUUGAUAAGAUUGAAGCUGGUAUGAAAAACCAACUUGAAAAAGAGCUUGCUGUAGUGCGGCCUUUAGUUGAAUUGGCAGCGUCAACGGCGCAGAGCCUCCGUGACAGGUGUGCCUAUGGGUGGGUACAGAUGGAAAGCUUAGCUGUAUCAAUAUGAUGCAUGUUUGCACUAUCGAGUUAUAAAUGCUUAAUAGUAUCUUUAUGGUUUGGGGCUUGCACGAGCGUAAUUCCCUCGAUCCAACCUAUGUAUAUAGUCAAUCUGAAAAUUCAAAUGGACAAAAGUUUGGGAGUGAAGAAAUAGUGUCGUGUAAUCUCGGGUACUUUAAUAUCAACUGGUCUCAGUAUUGCCACAUGCUGUCAGUGGAGCAGUCGGGCAACGAUGUCCCAAGACAGCCAAGUAGGACUAUAAUACUUUGUUUGCCGAUUGGCAGGAAAAAAAAAA